AUGAAAGGAAGAAUCCCCAUACUCACCCAUAACGCCCUGCUCAAAGUAACCAACUUUUGUUGCGUGAGCGAGCGAAGGUGUUCUUUCGGCUUUUUCGAAAAGGAGAGAAGCAUCACAACGAACAUCUCAGGGAACAAAGAAGUUAAAAUUAAACAUGUGGGAGAGCUUAAAUUAAAAAGUUUAAAAAAAAACAAAACCGUUGCGAAGGAUGAGACCAACGAAGACGUGUACAUUCUGAAUGGGAAAAUAUUAUAUGCACAAAAGAGUAAGAAAGAAAAAAAUGAUUUAAAAAUAAAAUAUGGUUUGAAGAAAGCGAAAUAUCUGGACACGACGAGAAAUUUAUUUUAUUCAAAGUUGAGCGACAGUUUGGGGGAAAGUAACUCGAAGAAGUUUCCCACGCAGGAGGUUACGUUUAGUGGUUUGGGGGGAGUAGCUGCAGAUUUAGCAGCUGAUCAUGCGGGGAGGGUAACACAGGGUGAAUGCUAUGACCCGUGCGCAGGUGUGGACAGCGGGGCGAAUGCUGCGGCUAUGCAGACCGCGGUAACGGAUGCGACCGCUUUAACCGACGCGACCGAUGCAACCGCUGUAACCGAUGCAACCGCUGUAACCGAUGCGACCGCUGUAACCGAUGCGACCGAGGCUACUCCAAUCAGGGGUGACACCACGAAUGGUGCGCUGCACGUAGGGGAAACGAAAUUAAGUGACCACCCCGUGGAUAAGCGGAAUGGCGAACUGGCGAGAAGUUCGAAUUUACAAAAUGGUAACGACUCUAAUGUGAGUGCCCUCCGUAAUGGGCAGCACGAAAGUAAAAAACUGACAAGCGGGAAUGUGAAGCAACCCUCCGCGGAAGAGGAGGAGAAACAUAAAAAUAAAGACACGAAUGAAGCUUGUGGCAAAUCUAGCCACUAUGCAAGUAUCCCCAAACUUAACAGUGAUAAGGACAGCUGCGCAGGGAAUGCCAACCGGGGAGGGGCGAGCACACCCUCAGAAAGGGGUGGGUUACAAAGUGGCGGAUCAGAAAGGAGUGAGUUACAAAGUGGCGGACCAGAAAGUGGCGGGUUACAAAGUGGCGGGUUACAAAGUGGCCCUGCCCAAAACGGCAAACCGCCAAAACGCGACAUUUACGAAAUUUUGCACGAAAUUACCCAUGAACCGAGCAGGCGCGAAAUGAAGGCCUUCCUAAACUCGCUGCUAAUGCAUAAAAAUAAAAAGUACACAAGCUUCCUGGGGAACUACAUAAGUCUGUACUUUUGCAACAUCCUGAGCGAAGAUUUGAAGGACCUAAAUGUACUCAAAGAGUUGGAUGAAGAGCAGCUGUCCAAAAUGACGAACGUUUAUUUGAAGGAUUAUUUUAUAAAAAUUUUCCAAAUUUUAAAAUCGCAUAAUUUGAGCUUGCAUUUUGAAAAAUUAAAAAUAGAGAACAUGAGAUUGCUGUACAUAUACAACAUAUUAGGGUUAAUUAGGAAGGAAGGGAAAAGGACGAAAAAAGAGAAUAUAAAAAAAUUCCUUUAUCAAUAUAUUUGUGUGCAAAAUGAAGAUUUAGAUGUCCUGAAGAACACCAACAAAAUGAAGUUCCUCUCAAAUAUAAUUAAAAAUGGAGUUACCACUCGCAUGCACAUGUUGGUCACUCUCUCAUAUGACCUGUGUGCAUACGACACGACUUCUUCCAACUGCCUUACCAAAACUGAAUUUAAAAAUCUCCACUUGGAAGUUAUCCUCGAGAAUCAGCUGGAAAACCCUUUCUUCUCGUUGCAAUCCCCAGAUUCGAUAGACCUCAAGUCGUCCGGAUGGUCUCUCGUUGACGUGAAUCAAAUUUUGAACGGGAAUUUGCCAUACGAGUGA